ACACGCCGAACACCUGCACGCACUGCUGCCGUGUAGGAAGACUAACGAAAGCAUUAAUUCAGCACCUUUGACGGGAAAACCGUCGUAUACGCGUGUUAUUUAUAGUAUGUGCUGAUGAUUUCGGAAGCAGAAUAAGCGAGUAUUGAUGUGCUGUGAGGAGUGCAGGAGCCUCUGAUGUGCAGCCGUCUUUAGUCCAGCUUCUGCGCGAGUGUGUGUGUUUGUGGACAGUAUGAGUCUGCUGUCUCUGCUGGCCAGGACCCUGCGCUGUGUGCUACUGCGGCCGGGGGCUCUGCUGCUGCUGGGCUUCAGUCUGGCGCUCUGGAGCUUCAUCUUCCACACCGGCGAGCUGCAGGGGCUGCUGCAGAUGCUGAGGGGCCGGGCGGCGGGACCGGGACUGCCGGUGCCGCUGCAGCCGCGGGACGGGCCGCCGGAGGAGCAGCUCUCCAACACCUGGCAGCUCCGGAGCGGCGCCGCGGCCGUAUACUCCAUCCAGGGCCGCAGAGAGCACAUGGAGGACCGCUUCCACAUCCUCACCGACACUCGCAACCGCAGCCACCCCGCCAUAUUCAGCAUCUACGACGGACACGGAGGAGAGGCAGCAGCAGAGUAUGCUAAGGCUCAUCUGCCCGUCAUGUUGCGUCAGCAGCUCCAGCGCUAUGAGCGGCAGAAGGAGAACAGCGUAGUCAGCCGGCAGGCCAUACUCCGACAGCAGAUCCUCAACAUGGACCGAGAGAUUCUGGAGAAACUGACGGCAUCCUAUGAUGAAGCAGGAACCACGUGUCUAGUGGCUCUGCUGUCGGAGAAAGAGCUCACCGUAGCGAAUGUCGGAGAUUCGCGAGCCGUUCUGUGUGAUAAAGACGGAAACGCUGUCCCGCUGUCACAUGACCACAAACCCUACCAGCUCAAAGAGCGCAAGAGGAUCAAGAAGGCAGGAGGCUUCAUCAGCUUCAGUGGCUCGUGGCGGGUUCAGGGCAUCCUCUCCAUGUCUCGCUCUCUAGGAGAUUUUCCGCUCAAGAAGCUGAAGGUACUGAUCCCCGACCCUGACCUCAUGACCUUUGACCUGGACACGCUUCAACCGCAGUUCAUGAUCCUGGCGUCGGACGGCCUCUGGGACACCUUCAGCAACGAGGAGGCCGUGCACUUCAUUAAAGAGCGCCUGGACGAGCCACACUUCGGUGCCAAAAGCAUCGUCCUGCAGUCAUUUUACCGCGGAUGUCCAGACAACAUCACCGUCAUGGUGGUCAAGUUCAAGAAGAGAGCCGCUAAAGCCGGUAAUAAAGACUAAUAAUGAUGUCAUGCAAGUAAACGAGUGACUGGAUGAAUGAAAAAAGGGGAUAGUUCACCCAAAAUUCAAUCAAAAUACAAUUCUCAGAUGAACCCAAAAGAAGUAAUGACUUUUUUUUUUACUAGAUAUGAGAUAUGCUAUGAGGUAAGAUAUGAGUUUGCUUCCAAAACACAGUAAACAUGAGUAAAAAUUAGUUCCCGCCAAAAUCAAUAUUGUAUUCUCCACACAAAAGGCGAUAUCUGCCAUGUUAUUCACCCAAAAAUGACCAUUCUCUCCGUUUUAUUUGUUUCAAAACCAUUAUGAGUCUCUAUAACCUGUUGAACACAAAAGAAGAUAUUUUGAAGAAUGCUGAAAACCAGUGAACUCCAUAGUCAGAUUUUGCAAUUGUUGAAUUUAUGCAAAAUUAAGCAAAUGUUGAAAGCUGGGUAAUAAAGGCUAAUAAUAAUGUUAUGUAAAUGUGUGACUGGAUGAAUGAAAAAGGGCAUAGUUCACGCAAAACUCACCAUUUUACUUGUAACCAUUAUGAGUUUCUAUUAUGAGGUGAACACAAAAUAAAAUGACAUUUUUUUUACUAGAUAUGAGAUAUGCUGUGAGAUAAGAUACAAGUUUGCCUCCAAAACGCAAUAAACAUAAGUAAAAAUAAGUUCCCGCCAAAUUCAGUAUUGUAUUCUCCACACAAAAUGCGAUCUGCCAUGUUAUUCACCCAAAAAUGACAUGUCUCACCCUUUUACUUGUUUCAAACCUUGGUGGGUUUUUUAAUCUGUUGAACACAAAAGAAGAUAUUUUGAAGAAUGCUGAAAACCAGUGAACUCCAUAGUCAGAUUUUGCAAUUGUUGAAUUUAUGCAAAAUUAAGCAAAUGUUGAAAGCUGGGUAAUAAAGGCUAAUAAUAAUGUUAUGUAAAUGUGUGACUGGAUGAAUGAAAAAGGGCAUAGUUCACGCAAAACUCACCAUUUUACUUGUAACCAUUAUGAGUUUCUAUUAUGAGGUGAACACAAAAUAAAAUGACAUUUUUUUUACUAGAUAUGAGAUAUGCUGUGAGAUAAGAUACAAGUUUGCCUCCAAAACGCAAUAAACAUGAGUAAAAAUAAGUUCCUGCCAAAAUCAGUAUUGUAUUCUCCACACAAAAUGCGAUAUCUGCCAUGUCUCACCCUUUUACUUGUUUCAAACCUUUGUGGGUUUUUUAAUCCGUUGAACACAAAAGAAGAUAUUUUGAAGAAUGCUGAAAACCAUCGACUUCCAUAGUCAGAUUUGACGAUUCUGCGAUCACUGAAUUUAACCAGAAUCAAGCAAAUAUCACAAACUGGGUAAUAAAGACUAAUAAUGAUGUCAUGUAAAUGAAUGAGUGACUGGAUGAAUGGAAAAAGGUGAUAGUUCACGCAAAAAUGACAAAAAAAAGAACGUUUUGUAUAAUCGCUGUGCAAAAAGCCAUUAGAGGCUUAUUGGAAAUGCAUGCUUCAGCCUACAUGUUUGUGAAACCAUAAAAACGUACAUCACCUUACAUUUGACUGCAGUUGGUAGGUGAAAUGAGCACUAGGGGGCAGUAUGACGACAACAAAUUACGUUCCUUUUCACUCUAAUGAUCUAAUGAGAUUAUUUUGAUUAAUUUCUAUGCACAAGACCAAAUAAACACCACAAAACAACUUAACGCUGUUUAAGAUUUGUAAUCAAUACAUUUGCAUAACUUAUCAAUCUCCAUAUGGACAAUUUUCUGGUAUCUGUUUGCUCUUAGCUCAUUUUUGAUGGUCUUGAACUUGUGCUGAAGAGAGCUCAGGUUUGAGUUCAGUGAAGCAUGCUUGCACAAAACCAAUAAAAGCAACGUAAAAUCAAGGUAAAACUAUGGUUGCAGUGCACUUUUCUCUUCUCUUAAGUCUGUUUUUGAAAACACAAUUGGUUGGGUUUAGGGAAGGAUUUAGUGUAGUGGUUUGCUAGCUGAUCUGUAUGACAAGCUCCAGCUUUCAUUAGACGUGUACAAAAAAGAUAUGAAUUAUAAAACAUACUCUAAAUUACGUAUUUUAGAUUUGCAAAAAUAUAGACAGUGCCCUCUAGUGGAUUUGUCAUCUGAAGCGUGUAACAAAACCUACCUGGAGCAACGUAUAUUACAUUGUACAUAACUAUAGGCUGAGGCAUGUAUUUCCAAUGAGUCUGGGCUGAAAACAGCCAUUAGCAGGUGUCGAUUGACUCAUUGACCCAAUGAAUCACGUCUGAAUCUGAACAUGAAAUGCAGGAGCUCUGGCAGAGGGGAAAUUCUCAGUAAACACAGUCUUUAAAGUAUCUGUUUCUCACACAGGUCAUCAUAUCACUGUAAAAAGCCAUUAGUUAUCUUUAAUAAAUGAACUAUGUACAUUAUUAUAAAAAUUAAGUCAGCUUAAGUUCCAAGUUAUAAAGGGUUUACUUUUUUUUUUAAGUCAGUAUUAAGGUAACUGGUUUACUCAGUUUUUAAAGGUCCCGUGAAAUUAAAUUAAAGCUUUUUAGUUGAUAUAAAUGUUAGUUUUAAGGAUAUUUAUACUCUAGUGUGCUACAAUACUAGCAUUUAGAAGAUAUAAACAUCUCAAUCUUGCAGUUUGUGAUUUCCAGCUACACUGUAAAAAUCUUUUGCUGACUCAACUCAUAAAUCUUAGUUAAUUUCUUGCGAAGCUACUUAGUUUUGAAACUUCACUUUAGUUUUGCUAAACUUUUCUAAAAAAGUAAAACAAAACGCAAGACAAAAAAACAAAAGCCAAAAAAUUUAAUAAAUAAGUAAAACGCAGAGUGAGAUGUGGUAAAAAUCAGGCGAGGGCUUUUCUUUUUCUGGAGUGCUUUUGAAAACACUAUUGGUUGGGUUUAGGGAAGGAGGAGGGUGGGUCAGUCAGUCAAUCAACAGCGGCCUCUUGUGGAUUUACAUGAGAACAGCAGGCACAAAUAGCAUUCGCGAGGGAAAUUUGAGAUCUGAAAAAGUACACACAGCGACCUCUGGUGGAUUCACGAUAACAAAAACUGCAAAUAAACGUAGCUCCUGGAACGUAUUUGGUGCUCACCAGAAAUAUAUAUAGGGGUACGUAAUCAGAAUAAGCCUGGGUUGUAAAUAGAUCAACAAUUUUUUCAUACUUCAGUUUCUCAUCUAAUCUUCGGACCAAUCAGAUGCAGUGUCUGACAUGCCCCGCCCCCUUCUCGUUUGCUUUUCAAUUGACGUGCUUGAGCUCAACUGCUGUCAGUGGCAGUGCUGUGAUUAAAAACAAAACACUAUUGGCUGUUUUUGGAAAAGGGGAGGAGCUACUCUGUCCCACCCUCUUUCCAUGUAUCAGUUGAGAUUACGUCAAACAUUGAAUAAAAACUGCACAUUUCAAAGCACUUCACAGGACCUUUAAAGUAACUAAUCAUUUUUUAGUGCAUCACAUCUCCAGUGUCUGAUCAGUUCUUCACUGAACUCAACGCUGAUGUGUUCAGCCAGUGUUGUGUAUCUGUUUCAUUCCUAUUGAAGAAGUUUUCUGUUUUUAUGGCGGCUUUUAUUAUAAUAAACCUCAUCUUCAUGGACUAUACGGUGAGACUCAAUUACUGAUACAUAUUUAUAUGUCUGAUGUACAGCUCGUAUGAUCAGUGGAGGUGUUAAAUCACAGUAUGUUGCCUUAUUUUGAAUUAAAGGAAUGGUUCACCUGAAAAUCAAUAUUUCCUCGGCAUUUUCUCACAAACUUUAAUGAGUUUCUUUCUUGUUGAACUCUUUUGAGCUCACUUCAGAAAAAGCAGCCAUUGACAUCCAUAGUGGGAGCUGAAGAUGAAGCAAAUGAAGGUGUUUCUGGAGAGAAAAUCCUCCAAUAUGUGCGAGGUGCCUCAGGGCUCGCUUUUGGGACCGAUGUUAUUUGCCUUAAAUCUGCUCCUUGUCCUUUAUUUUUUAAUCUAAAAUCAUAUUCCCUGUCAUAUUUAUGCAGAUGACGCUUAAGUUCACACAAAAAUGAAGAUUUACUCACAAUUUACUCACACGCAAGUGGUUGUAAACAUUAUAUAAACAAUAUAUUCGGAAAAAUGUUGAAACUCAGCCAUUGACAUACAUAGUAUUUUAGAUCCUACUAUGAAAGUCAAUGGCUGUUUUUCCCCAGUAUUCUUCAGUAUAUCUUCCUCUGUGUUCAACAGAAGAAAGAAUCUCAAACUGGUUUAGUCGAGGAUGAGGAAAUUUUGCCUAAAUUUUCCAUUUUGGGUGAACUAUCCCUUUAAAAUGUUUAUAUCACCGAUUUAUUUGCCAGAAGUGUUGCGUUGUUUGUUUACAGUGUCCAGAGAUGUCUUCUGCACAUCUGAUGUCAGUGUAUUAUUUUACGUAUUGCUGUCUCUCUGAGACUAAGAGUAACCGAAUGAAUGUUUAUAUUAAAUAUUAACACAAGGUCAACAAUGUAAAUGAUGUGUCUAACUUGUUUAGUACAUGAUUGAGAGACUUUUUUGGCGGGUGACACUUUAAAAUAAUGGUCCAUUAGUAUUUAAACAUGCUAGCACCAUGCUAAUUCAUACUGGAAACAUGUUAGACAUGCUAAUUCGUACUGGAAAUAUGCUAGAAACAUGCUAAUUCAUUCUGGAAACAUGUUAGACAUGCUAAUUCAUACUGGAAACGUUAGACCUGUUAAUUCAUACUGGAAACAUGCUAGAAACAUGCUAAUUCAUACUGAAAACAUGUUAGACAUGUCAAUUCAUACUGGAAACAUGCUAGAAACAUGCUAAUUCAUACUGGAAACAUGUUAGACAUGUUAAUUCAUACUGGAAACAUGCUAAUUCAUACUGCAAACAUGCUAGAAACAUGCUAAUUCAUACUGGAAAUAUGUUAGACAUGCAAAUUCAUACUGAAAACAUGCUAGAAACAUGCUAAUUCAUACUGGAAACAUGUUAGACAUGCUAAUUUAUACUAGAAACAUGCUAAUUCAUACUGGAAACAUGUUAGACAUGCUAAUUCAUACUAGAAACAUGCUAAUUCAUACGGGAAACAUGUUAGAAACAUGCUAAUUCAUACUGGAAACAUGCUAGAAACACUAAUUCAUACUAGAAACAUGCUAGAAACAUGCUAAUUCAUACGGGAAACAUGUUAGAUAUGUUAAUUCAUACUGGAAACAUGCUAGAAACAUGCUAAUUCAUACUGGAAACAUGCUAGAAACACUAAUUCAUACUAGAAACAUGCUAAUUCAUACGGGAAACAUGUUAGAUAUGUUAAUUCAUACUGGAAACAUGCUAGAAACAUGCUAAUUCAUACUGGAAACAUGCUAGAAACACUAAUUCAUACUAGAAACAUGCUAGAAACAUGCUAAUUCAUACGGGAAACAUGUUAGAUAUGUUAAUUCACACUGGAAACAUGCUAGAAACAUGCUAAUUCAUACUGGAAACAUGCUAGGAACACUAAUUCAUACUAGAAACAUGCUAAUUCAUAUGGGAAACAUGUUAGAUAUGUUAAUUCAUACUGGAAACAUGCUAGAAACAUGCUAAUUCAUGCUGGAAACCUGUUAGAAACAUGUAAAUUCAUACUAGAAAUAUGUUAGACAUGCUAAUUCAUACUGAAAACAUGCUAGAAACAUGUUAAUUCGUACUGGAAACAUGCUAGAAACCUGUUAAUUCAUACUAGAAAUAUGUUAGACAUGCUAAUUCAUACUGGAAACAUGCUAGAAACAUGCUAAUUUAAACUAGAAAUAUGUUAGACAUGCUAAUUCAUACUGGAAACAUGCUAGAAACAUGCUAAUUUAAAUUAGAAAUAUUUUAGACAUGCAAAUUCAUACAGGAAACAUGCUAACAACAUGCCAAUUCGUAUUUUCUAACUAUGAACAAUAUUGUACAGCAUUUAUUAAUCAAAGUUUAAGAUUUAUGAAUACUUUAUUAAAAUCCGCAGAUGAGUUAACUAUAAGUUUAGUUAACGUUAACAAAGAUGAACAAAUACUGUAAUGUAUAGUUGAUUGUUGUUGCUAGUAAGUACAUUAACUAAUGGAGCAUUAUUUUAAAGCUUUUCGAGUUCAUUAAAAUACUGUGUGUGUUGAAGAAUGGAUGGGAACAGUUUGUAUUGUUUUAUUGCAUUAAAUAUGUACAAAUAUAAUGUAAUUAAUGAAAAUCAGAACCUGCACAAAUAAAAUAAAGUAUAUA